CUGCUCACGGUGGUGUCCGAGUUUGAACGGCAUUUUCUCUCUCUGUGCAUGUUUGUAUGUGUAUAAAAAAAAUUUACAUUCUAUCUUGAGCGCGAACUAUUAACAAAGGAAAACAUGUUCUGGAUGCAAGUGAAUAAUAAGUGAAUAAUAAGUGAAUAAUAAGAGAGUGUAAACAUCUUUUAAGAUCAUGUAUGACACGUUAACCUAAAAUACUUUUCAUCAUCUUCUGCUUUUCAUUGAUUUCACGACUUUUUAUCAAAUAAUUACAGUUUUGUUAAAUAUAUUUGAUAACUUUCUGUUAUGAUACUGUUAUGUUUACUUACUGUUUGAUAUUUCGUACAAUUUCUAUAUUCAUUUACAAGUUGCUACUGUUAUUGUGCAGUUAUAACAUAUUUUAAGAAAAACGCGAAUUGUUUUUUGAGGAUAUUAUUAAAGUCUACUACUCACUAAUUAUAGAUUUUCUUUGUGCACAGGCAAGCAGUUUGUCUAAUAAUAAUAAUAAUAAUAAUUUCCUAAAGCAUAUAGCUCGAGUGUUAGUUUACGUACACCCCGUUGAUGCAAUCUCCAUGGAUAUAAAAUUGGACGACAAAAUGGACCCUUUUGAAUAUGCAAUAAGCAUAAAGGAAGAGUCAAUCGAUCCAGGAAUCUGCGAUGAUUUGUCGCCAAUUGAUACGAAUACAGAGAAUGAAAAUGAAACAGCGACGUUUAAAGCUGAAUCUUUGGAUGACGUUUAUUGUAAAAAUGAAGAAUCCGCGUUUUCUCAAGAAAGUACGUGUUUAGAAAAUAACAAAUCGGAUGCUGAUAAACGAAAAAGUAAACAUAAAGCACCUUCAAACAAAAGAAGAAAUUGCAAUGUUUGUUUGUUAACUUUUCAAACUAAACAUUUAUUGGAACUGCAUAAUAAAUUAUAUAGCCGUAAUAUAUUUAAAUGUAAUAAUUGCACUGCGAUCUUCAUUAUGCGGAUUUCGUUGAUGCGUCAUUUAAAGAAGAGAUGUUGUACGAAAAAGUCGUCGGGAUAUAGAUGUAAUUUUUGUAACCGAAAUUUUUCCUAUAAAAGACAUGUCCAAUCUCAUUUAUUCCAUGCGCAUGGGAAAGCGAUAUUUUCUGGUGAAAGCAAAAUUAUGGAAACAUCUCCUGAAUCGUUAGGAAAGUCGAAUAAUUUGGAUGGUAUAGUCAUGUCAGAAUCAAAUACUUCACACAGUCCUUGCCCAAAAGACGUAAAUAGCUCAAUAAAUAUAUCUUUGAAACUAUCUAAUAGUUCAAACAAUACACCCACCGAGGGUUCCAGCAGCAAGAUCAAGUCUACGCAUCCGAAACGGUUAAACGAUUCGUAUGGCACUCCUUCGAACAGGAUGAAGCAGACCGUCCUUACAGACUUCAUGCCGCUGUACAAAGACAAACCGAAUGACGAAUGGGUUAGUCCAGAAAAAGUUAUCAAUACGGAGAAUAUUCCUGUUAAUGCGACUAUUAUUCCAACUUCAACGCUCGAGACAUUCGGUAACGAGACAUCACCGGCUGCAGAAGUUAUUCAGAUGUCGAAUUCUGUUGAGCGAAUCGAAUCUCCUGUUAGGAACAAGCCAUUUGUUCAAAUUCAUGUGAAUUUAAAAACAAUGAAAUCUUUAUUAAGGAACGAAAUAAAGGCUAAACUUGAAAGCUCUAAUACCUCGCACAAUAUGUCUUAUAACCUUAGACCAGUGAAAAGAUGUUCUUCUUCUUUAAAUGAUUCUUACGAUUUAUUGAAGUUUGAGACCUUUGGAAGAUCGAGACAAUCUUUUAAAAGAAACAAGUCCCCCUAUAUAUUUAACCAAAGUAGAAGAUCUGCAGCUGAAGUUGAGUGUAAAGAAUGUGUGGUCCGUUUGGAGAAAUGCGACAAAUUCUUGGAGUCUCCUAGUUUUGUGUCAAACGUAGAGGAAGACAAAAACGAAGACGCUUUCAAAGAAGCAGUAUCGAAAACUGUGAAAGAAGGAUUUAAAGGUUUUCGUGAAACAAGCUCGGCAUGUAACUUGCCUUUGAAAGCUGACACGAUCGCGUCAAAGCGAUUCAAUGAACUUGUAAAAUCUUCCGCUGAUAGAUUAAUCGUACCUCAACGAGAAUCGGUUGAAUUUCAGAAGAACCUUAAGGUCAAUAAGCAGAAAAUAUUUCAAUGUCAUAUAUGUCAAAAAUCGUUUUGUUUGAAGGAGAACCUGUGCGAGCAUAUGAAAUUGUUCCAUACGAUUUACAUGUCGAGCAUAUGCAACGCCCGUUACACGUCCAUGAAUAAAUUACUAACUCACUAUCUACGUCAGCAUAUCGUGUUUAAACGAAGGGAAUGUUGCGUGUGUUAUGAGAAGUUUGACACGCCGGCAUUGUUGAGGCGACACAUGAUUGUGCAUUGCUUGAAGACCAUAAGAUCAAAAAAGGACGCUCCAAUGGUUGAUGUUGAAAAAAACUGCAACGCAUUCAAGAAACAAUACAAAUGCAAAGGUUGUCGCAAACGAUUUUGGCUAUACUCAUGUUUGAAACAACAUACGAACGUAUGUCGUCAAAUGAAAGUCUUAAUAAAUAAACAACGUGUACCUUGUGUAAACCAUUUGUCUCGGUCCUUGAAAGAACCAAGUGACAUGGAACUCGGCAUAGUACAGUCACCUGAUUUUGAACAAAUGUUGAAUGUUUCGGGUGAGACGACAAGAUCUUUGGAAAAUUAUUUGACUCCGAGUACGCCUAUUACGGAUGAUACUUUCUCUUCGUCGUUCGAUACAGCUGCAAAGAACAAAAGAUUACGUAGUGGGAAUACACGCGUAAAAGAUCACAAAGCGAACAAGAUGGACAGAACAAAGUUUCUUUGCAUUACCUGUGGAACACAAUUCCAAAAAUUUAAAAAUUUGUGCAUACACGAGCGCACCUAUUGCCAAACAGCCACAGAGAAGUGUAACGUUUGUAACACGAUGUUUUCCACUAAAAAGUUAUUACAGCUUCACAUACUUGCUACUCAUACGCCUUCGUGCUCGAGGAACUACAAAUUCUUUUGUAAGUUCUGCAAUCAAGGAUUUCUUAAGAAAUCGAAUCUUCAAAUUCACGAACGACACUUGCAUAUUGGGCAGGAUACUAGACUGGAGCUGAAUUCCGAUUGCGUUGUGAAAGAUAAACCAAUCUGUAAUAUAUGCCAUUUGUUAUUCGAAUCCUACGAACGUUUAGUCGAACAUAAUAUGUAUUAUUACAAGGGCAAUGAUUUUUUAUGCGCAAUAUGUGGCAAGUUGUGUCAAGGAAUGUACAAGUUUUAUCAUCACAACAAGUUGGAGCAUUGUCCGGACGAACCACGGAAAUUGCCCCCUUACAGAUGUAAUACUUGUAACGAAGGCUUCAACUACGAAUCACAUUUCCACGCACAUAAGCUACACGUUCAUUCGCACGAUUCGACCCCUGACGAGGCGCGCGACCGCGAUACAUCGAAUUAGACUUUUCGCAUCUGAUAAAUUAAGAUAACCACAAAAUAGAAGCAUAGAUAAUAUUUAAUUCUUCGAUUUAUAGGUCGUUUCAAAAUCAAUUUUCACGGUACUAUACUGAGGAAUCGGCCUAGAUUGAGACGUGCAAUAAACGCGUUAAGUACACACACACACAUACGAAGCAAAUGAUUUCUAAAGCGCUCUUUAAGUCAUGCAUUCGCAUUUUCCACGAUACGCGUGAAAUGUAUUGAUAUUUGUUGAAAUAUACUUUACAAGUCAAAUCAACGCUUCUGGCCUAGUGCAAACUGUGCUCGACUCAACAUCGAACAGUGAGUGAAAUUUGGGUAUCAGCUUUAGGCGCUUCCUGUUCGUUGUUUGCGAUGGUCUCAGUUUGCCGAACCAGAAUAUGUCAAGCAUUCUAGGCUAGACGACCAGCGAGAAAAAGAGUGAACCAGAUAUUCCAUAUUGUUUCCAACUUUAUUUAAUGUACAUCGUUUUGUUCACAUAAGAGAUAAAGAGAUCUAAUCGCGUUGAUAGAUCGAGUAAUACAUUUGUCUGAUUUUCUUUGAACGCGUUAUAUUUAUGUGCUUUUAUAUACGUAUAUGUUUUCUCCGUGCGUGUGCGUGUGUGUGUGUGUGUGUGUGUGUGUGUGUGUGUGUGUGUGUGUGUGUGCGCGCGUACGCGUGCGCACGUGUAUUUUAUCAAGUACGUUGAUCAUUACCCUAUUUCAUUAUUGUAAAACUUUUUGUUAAAGGAAGUGCGUACGCGUUUGCCGAUCUUCAUAUUUUAUAAACUGUUUUGUCAACGUAAAUGUUUGAAAAUAAAUAAAAGGUAGAAAAUAAAGGAAGCGAGGGUAAGUAAAUGCUGCAAUCUCUUUUCUUAAUUGGUCUGAUAUUGAUCAUUUUUCUUCUAUUGCAAUGUUUGUUUGCUAUAAUUAUUCGUUUAAACGUCCGCUCGAUAUAAUAUUUAUAACAUUCGUUAAAAACUGAACAAACCUAUUAAUGAAUCUGAUAUUGAGAUUAAAA